AUAGGCACGGAGAAGCAACAUUAUGCUCUACAGUCGGGGGAGAAGUAAUGGCGAUAACGGUUUUCAAAGCUGAAGUUCCAGCUCUAUGCCUUCUUGUACUUCUCCUCGUUGACGCGGCCGUUUCUGCAACCACCUCCGGGGAUUUGGCGGUGCAGCGAGAAUUUGAUUACUUCGCCCUGGCUCUCCAAUGGCCUGGCAGCUAUUGUCAGAGGACACGCCAUUGCUGCUCUUCCAAUGCUUGCUGCCAGUCUAACCCAUUAACUGAGUUCACAAUUCAUGGGCUUUGGCCAGAUUAUAAUGACGGGAACUAUCCAUCAUGCUGUAGAAAUUCUGAUUUUAAUAUUAAGAAGAUCUCAUCCCUUAUGCCAGAGCUUCAGAAACACUGGCCAUCCUUAGGUUGCGGUUCUCCAUCCCUUUGCCAUGGUGGCAAAGGGUUGUUUUGGGCCCAUGAGUGGGAAAAGCAUGGGACAUGUUCAUUUCCUGUUAUAUUAGAUGAAUACAACUACUUCAAUGCAGCCCUUGAUCUUUAUUUCAAGUAUAACAUUACGAGAAUUUUGAGCAAUGAAGGUAUUUUGGCUAGCAAUGCCGAAAAGUAUUCAGUAGAUGCCAUCAUUUCUGCAAUCAAGAAAGCUGUUGGGGCAUUGCCUUUGUUGGAGUGUAGACGCGGUUCUUUGGAGGAACUUCAACUUUGCUUUGACAAAAAAUUUAAGCCUCGGGACUGCUACCUUCGCUCCGGCGUCGGCGACAGCAGAAAAUCAAAUUCGAGAACAUCAUGCCCCAGAAAAAUCACCUUACCAACUUAUGCUCCCUUGGGAAAUGCUCUCAAUGGAGACGACACUUCAGCGCUUAGUUGGUUGAUUAUAAAUGAGCCUUCCAUUCCUCUCAGUGUGUGGUAAGGUUUGGAUCUUGAUAUUUUCUAAAAAUUAUAAUUGAAUAUAAAAUAAGGGCUCUGUAAAAUGCGAAAUAAUAAAGCCGUGCGAUCUUGUAACAAAGCUGGUUAUUUUGUUUAAUAAAUAAAUA